GCGGCUGCAGACGGUCUCCGCCCAGGGCCGCGCGUCACCGGCGGUGGCCCCUCCCCUGGUGUCCGGGGCGCGGUGCAUUGUGGGACACAAACAAUCGGCGGCAGCCCUCCUCCUCCCGCCAGUGAAGCGAGGUAGUGGGGGAGCCGGGCCCGGUGAGAAGGCCGCCCCGGGAAAACGGAGCGACGGGAGGAGUCCGGGAUAGGAGACAAACGGCCGGCCGCUCCUGUAGGCCGCACGGAGCCUCUACUGGCAGAUCUUAUCUCUAACACAACAAUCAUCUUUCUAACGUCUGAAAAUAAGUGAAUUGUGAGGAAAAUCUGUAUGGGUCCAGUAUUCCAGACAUGGUGUGAAAUCGAUCGCUCCCGUUAAGAUGACUUUGAGACUCCAUCCUGCUGCAAGUGCUCUGUAUAGAAGAAAGCGCCACCCCCUGAAACACAUGAAGAUGGGGGUGAAAACAUUUACGCACAAUUCCCCAGCACACAGCCAGGAAAUGCUGGGGAAAUUGAAUAUGCUACGUAAUGACGGACACUUCUGUGACAUUACUGUACGGGUCCAGGAUAAGAUCUUUCGAGCACACAAAGUGGUGCUAGCGGCCUGCAGCGAAUUCUUCCGUACUAAGUUGGUGGGUCAGGCGGAGGAAAGCACCCAAUGUGUACUCGACCUGCACCACGUAACAGUGACAGGAUUCAUCCCUCUGCUGGAGUAUGCCUACACAGCAACCCUUUCUAUCAAUACAGAAAAUAUUAUUGAUGUGUUGGCUGCAGCCAGCUACAUGCAGAUGUUCAGUGUGGCCAGCACGUGCUCAGAGUUCAUGAAGUCCAGCAUCUUAUGGAACACUCAACAAGAGAAGGUUCUCGAUACUGGACAGGAGAACACAGCCAAUUGUAACAACUUCCGAGAUGGUAGCCUUUCCCCAGUGUCCUCAGAGUGCAGCGUUGUCGAGAGGACGAUUCCCAUCUGCCGCGAGUCCCGGCGCAAACGAAAAAGCUAUAUUGUCAUGUCCCCUGAGAGCCCCUUAAAGUGUGGCACUCAGACUAGUUCUCCACAAGUCCUAAACCCCACUGCUUCUUACACCGAGUCACGGAGUCAACCUGUGGACUCAUCGCACGCUUUCCCCUGGACUUUCCCUUUUGGCAUUGAUCGACGGUUACAGUCUGAGAAAGUGAAGCAAAUUGAGUCCAGAACAUUAGAACUUCCUGGACCUUCCGAAGUAGCCAGGAGAGUGACAGAUUAUGUGCCGUGCGAAAGCACUAAAGUCAGUUCUCCACUGGUAAUGGAGGAAGAUGUUCGGGUCAAGGUGGAGAGGUUGAGUGAUGAAGAGGUACAUGAAGAGGUGUCGCAGCCUGUCAGUGCAUCGCAGAGUUCAGUGAGUGACCAGCAAACUGUCCCCGGCAGUGAGCAAGUGCAGGAAGACCUACUUAUCAGCCCUCAGUCAUCUUCCAUAGGCUCCAUCGAUGAGGGUGUCGGGGAAGGACUACCUGCGCUCCAGGGACCAGCAAGCACCAAUGUUCAUGCAGAUGACGAUGACAGACUGGAAAAUGUUCAGUAUCCUUACCAGCUGUACCUGACUCCCUCCACAAGCAGUACAGAGCGGCCUAGUCCCAACGGCCCCGAUAGACCUUUCCAGUGCCCCACCUGCGGAGUGCGUUUCACACGGAUCCAGAACCUCAAGCAGCACAUGCUGAUACAUUCUGGAAUUAAACCGUUUCAGUGCGAUCGCUGUGGGAAAAAAUUCACUCGGGCAUACUCCUUAAAGAUGCAUCGGCUGAAACACGAAGGUAAACGCUGUUUCCGGUGCCAGAUAUGUAGUGCCACAUUCACUUCCUUCGGGGAAUACAAACACCACAUGCGGGUUUCCCGGCACAUUAUCCGCAAGCCUCGGAUAUAUGAGUGCAAAACAUGCGGUGCCAUGUUCACCAACUCUGGAAAUUUAAUCGUGCACCUGAGGAGUCUGAACCACGAAGCGUCAGAGCUAGCAAACUACUUCCAGAGCAGCGAUUUCCUAGUCCCAGAUUACUUGAGCCAGGAGCAGGAAGAGGCGCUUGGGCAGUACGAACUGGCAGAACACGGCUUUGAUAACAACUCUUCUGUCCAAAUGCCGGUCAUCUCCCAGGUUUCCUCUACACAGAACUGCGAGAGUACUUUCCCCUUGGGCUCCCUGAGCAGCCUGGCCGAGAAAGAGGGGGAAGAGGAGGAGAUGACCGAGUCUGUCAAGGCCAGCCCUAUGGAUGAGAGCAACAGAGAUGACACCCCCAAAGCAGAGGUAUCUUCCAUUGCUGUGGAAUAGUCUGGAUAUUCGUGUCCCGCACCCCGUGAGAACCUGCUUCAUCUUUAUUCUUUUCCUCUUGUUUGGGGAAACACCUGUGAUUGGUCAAUUCUAGUUUACCUUCUGUUUUCCAAGGAAAGAAAAACAAGCUCCUGAGGACAUCACUUGUCCAUCUCCGAUCCCAAUCUGUCAGGAACUUUGGCUUCCUUUUUUUUUUUUUUUGUGCUGGAUACAACCAUCGCACAUUUAAAGGUCGUUUCUAUAUCAUUUUGUUCUAUAUAACCUUUUCUGCAGGAGGAUAGCUGUGUAUAUGAAAAGGAUGUGACUCGCGUCUGACUGCUCCCUGGUGUGGUGUGAUAGUUUUGAGUGCGGGAACAGUUGCUCGAGAGGUCCGCAUUGGCUUUGACCCGUGUGUACUGCGGUGGGAAUGCGCUUUUUUUUUUUGUUUUUUUCCCCCCUCAUCAUGCUGCUCAGAACUCAACAACUUUAUGCUCAUCAUAGGAAGCUUGAAACUUUCAGUGUAAUCGUAUUACAUGAUUGGAGUGUUGUUUUUGUUUUUUUGUUUUCUUUUUACUUUGAGAAGUGGCCUGUAUUGUCUCACUGGGACUGCUCUGGUACUGAGAUUUUAUCUCAACUCAUAUAUGCUUUUCUGUGUGGUAUUUUAUUUUUUUAAAUUUCAGAAAUGAUUUGACCAAAUGUAUUCACCAGCAAACAGAAGUGUACAGAUCAUCUCUGAACAGAAUGAGUAUAAUAUGACAUACUGUCAGCCCGAGAGAUGUAUGAACAGCCUAGUCUAUCAUUCUGUAGCUAAUCUAGUGUAACCUCUUCUGUCAGCAAGCACAAAAUGUUUGCCCUCGGGUGAAAGCCGCACUAAGCUAAAUUUUAAUAUUUUAUGGUUAAUAUUUUACUGAUAGUUCAGCUGCUGUUGCUAUAUAUUGAUAUUAUCUGUUUUUUUUUUGUUUGUUUUUUCUGUUUAUUUACUAACCUUUUUUUAUAAUAUACAAAACUAAUCCUCCUACAUUAUAGGAGUUUAUUAUUCUCCUUUUUAGUUUAUUUUUGUAAGCCUUACCUGUAGGCCAGGUUUGGGAAUUUUCUGAUCCAGAGAGAUUGGAAGGGGCAUAGUGCCAGAUUUUACAAGCACUGUUGUGUCUGGUGGUGGCUUCAGGCCUUAAUUGUAUGACGGUGACGAAAAGAAUUCAACUUGAGUUAAGGAGAGAAGGAGCUGUGUCAGCAUGGGGAGAGGAUGAUGGAGGAAGGAAGGAACACAUGUCUUUAGAUCUAACAAGAGUUAUGUAGUAUGAAAGCCUACCUGACUAGAAAUUAGAGGUGCACUGAAUGGAAAUUUUGGUGCCGAAACUGAAACCGAAAAUGCUGGAUGCACUUGGCCGAAAAUCGAAAAAUGUCAGUUUUUAAAAAAAUGUAUAUAUUUUUAUAUAUAAUUGUAUUAUAUUCGACUUUUUAAUUAAUAUCCUGAAUUUAAAUGAAUACGAGUUUGUCGGACAUUAUUGGCACCUUUUUAGUGCAAGAAAAAUGUAUCCCUUUAAAUUCUAUGUACGUCUUCACAAUGGGCCAUUGCGCUUCCGUUGUGUUAAAAAUCCUGUUUUACUGCAUUUUUGGUCAGUAAAAAAAUAAACAACCUCCCUGUUGAAAUGCAUUAAUAACGCACCCAUGUUGCCGCUUUGAUGCGAUUUUCGAGUCUCAUGACCUAUGAAAGUGCACAGUAAAAUGGUGGUAAAAUCACGUGCAUUUUCGGCGUACCCUUUUCUCUUAUCGCCAAAAUGCUGAUAACACCUUUUUCGGCCAAUAUGUUUCAGCAGCUAUAAUUUCGGUAUAUCUCUACUGGAAAAUGAUUUAAUUGUCCUAAGUGGGCCUAGAGGAAAUUGAAUAGGGAUUGCAAACUUGGUUUGAGAGCUGUAUGGUCGGCUUUAGAGCCUAACGGAGAGAUCAGCAGGGGAGUAAAGUUUGUCAGUUAAGUGUUCACAACUCUGGAUUUUCCCUGUUUAAUUUUAUUUGUCAACCAAAAGUCUGAAGUGCUGUGGAAGCAGUCAAACUUUCCUUCACGGUCUGCCUGGUCUUCGCUGUCAUACGUUUUGGUUAGAAAAUAUGCGUUCGGAAAAUGGAACCAAAUCGGGCUUGAUUAACAAGCCAAAGAGUAUAGGUCUCCAGCCCACCCAUCUGAAUUCCCCACUCAUUUAUUACUGCACCAUGCAUGACAUCCAUGCUCCACUGCCUUAUUAAAUAAGCUCAACAAUGGACAUGUCAGAGAGCUGAACCCAAAACAGGACAGAUAGGACUUCGAGUCCAGAUUUUAGAAGCGGUUCUCUAUCAGCUGGGGUAUCCUUGAAAUCCGUUUUUGUUUUUAUCUGACAGGUCACAAAUCUAACACGUUUUUGGGGGUUCAGCGGCCUCGCUUCAUCUCAGGCUCUUUUUCCUUACUUUCUUCAUUAAAUAAGCUUGCACCCCUGUGCCACCAACUAAGAGGUGAUGGAAGUCUGAUUUCAGGAAAAUAAUUUGGUUCUGUUGAAGGCUAAUUAUCAGGGCUGGAUAAAUACCAGGAGCCAGAUGGCUGGUAUGCCUAAAUAAUUAUAACUGGUAUUUAGCCAAUUAGAUUCUGUUAGUGAUGGAAAAGGCCUUCCUCCUGUGACCCCCAGUAUGUAGAGGUUGGCAAGAGAGCAAAUCUGCCACUAGCUAGAUACAUCUGCCUUUUGGUUUGUAGGUUGUGUAGAUCGGAUAUGGUGAGACAUUUCCUUUUGGUCUGUCCAUGCCUUCUUCACUGCAUUACGGGAGGAGACCAGGUCACCGUUUUAGAUAGAAUGGAUUAGAACUAUGGUUAAUUGUAUGUCUCUUGUGUUCUGUUUUCCUGAUUUGUGGCUGUUUAGCGGGAGGGAGAAGUGUUCUUGGGCUCAGCAGCUAAUAAAAGUAACACUUCUGAGGGGUGGUGAAGGAAGCAAGAAGAUUUGGCAGUCAAGUGCACCCUGGGGAUUCAGCAACACCUGGAUUUAAUUCUAAUAAGCACCGUGGGGGGUUUGCUUUGAUUUGGCCAGGAUUACUUGGUUGGGCGCGGCAGUUCAACUCUUCAGCUGUAGGUUGGCAGGAAAUGUUACUUUCAUUCGGUCAUCUUGUUCUGCCACCCAGCAGGUUCAUUUUAUACUAUUGCAAUGUUACACUACAUGACUAGGAUAUUAUCACACCUCAGUGUCAGCAAGUGGCAAACACUAGACAUCUGUGAUUCUGUGAGCCCUUCAUAUGCCAGAACACAAACGGUCACCAUAUCUGGAAUUGUUCAUCCCUGUAUCCUUCUGGCUGUUUACAGUUCUUUCUAGAAGUAACAUCUGUGCUAGAAUUUUGGUACAAAAUUGACCCCCAGCCAGUCUGCUUCAAGGGUUGCUCAUAGAUGGCAUAGUAUUCGGAAAGAUUUGCUGAACAUUUGACAAAUAUUUGAACACCAAACCAAGGAUCUUUAUGAAAAUUAUCAGAGUUCUUCGCUACUGGACUCAUCUUUUGAUGCAGGCAAUUUGGUGACAUUUGUGUUUUGUUUUUCAACUUUUUCAAAAUUUUAAAAAUGCUUAUAAAGGCAAACGCGUAUAAACGUGGUUACAAGCAUUUGAAAUGCCAGUAAACUACAGUUUCGAUUUGCAAUUUUUCUGCUUUAAAAAAAAAAAAAAAUGGCAGUAACCUCAACUGCCUCUAAACUACUAUGUGCAUGUACACAUAAGAGAACAUAGAGGAGAGUUCAGGGGCUGCUGAAAGAAACGUCCAACUGCUCCUGAACUUCAGUCUAGCGGCUGUAGCGUACAUGAGGCCUUAGGCAUUUUCUGCAUAUUUCUAUCCCCUGGUGAGCACUCGAUCCGCAGGACUAAGUGAAUUUUUUUCCAUUUAAUUAGUGCUGUAGCAAGCCAUCAUAAUGUAGGGCAGCCAUAUCAACACAGUGCUGUCUGUGUCCCUCGAGUCCCUUGAUAAGGAAAUGGGUUACAGCUAUGAGAACACAGAACUGUGAAUCUUUGCACACGUAAAUGGUACUUUGUUUCCAUGUGUAGGCCUCGUCAUUACUUUACCCAAGGCUUUCUUAUCGCAAAUACACUGAUCCAAUAUACAACUAAAAUAUAUGCUUCACAGAUUCAGAUCCUGGUUAUGUCAAUGACAGAACACACAUUAUUAGCUGCUUCUGGUACAGCCGAAUCAAUCGUUGUUCAAGCCCUAAAAAAGGGUGAAGUUCCCAAAAAUGCGUUUAACUGUAUCUGUAGUUCCUAAUAAAGAUUUCAAGCAAGAUGAAAGUUUGCACUAGGCACUCCUAACCGCACACCUAGAAGUGUGUUCUUGUUGGGCUCUUCUCUAUAAUGAGUGGCCUUGUCUUCUCCCAGUGCAGAGGUGGGCAACCUCGGCCCUCCAGCUGUUUUGAGACCACAAGUCCCAUGACACAUUGCAAGACCCUGACAAUCACAGGCAUGAUGGGAUUUGUAGUUUCACCACAGCUGGAGGGCCGAGAUUACCUACCCCUGUCCUUAAAUAGAAAACUCAAUUCUUUCCUUAGAUGCUCACAGAGGCAGAAUAGAAAACUCAAGUCUGGUUAUGUUCCCCACUAAACAUAAUUUGACAGUCUGUGCUUUUCUGUAAAUUAGGUUUUAAGAUGUUCUGCGGUUACUAUAAUCACAAGAGCAGUCCCAUUUUUGCAGGCUACACACAGCACCUUUUAGGCAUAUAAUUCACCAAAGAUAUAAGACUUUGUGCGGUAAGGCUAAUAACAUUGCAGGGAAUGCCUGUCAUUUGUCCUUGUGCUUUGUGCCGGCUUUUGGAAAAAGCAGUGAGACAGUCACUGUUUACAGUAUGAAUGCUGUUUUCAUAAUUGUAAGUAAGGAAAAAAAAUGUAAUUUUUAAUCUGUUUUAAGGAAUCACAGCUGGGUGCAGAUUGAGAUGAAAAUUCAGUGUUUAAUGAUUUGAAUUGCUGUGUCUUUCUCAGAUUUUAUGUUUCAUGUGUUUGUCCACCCUAGGUUUUAGUAUUUAUACAAAAAGUGUUCGGUUUUAAUUCUCACAUCAAAAAAUGUAAUAAGCACACAUCUUCUAGUCAUGAGGAAAUGCCAAACAUAGCAGCACAAUGUUACCUGUCACCCAUACAGGAAAGUAACAGAAAACAGCACAAACCAUAUCUACUGCCCAAUCCUGCUGUGCAAUCCCAGUGUCCGUGUCACAGUGCGCCUUGAGAAGCUUUGAUUGGGGGGGUGUUGCUAUUUUGUAUGUAUUUUUGUUAAUCUUGCCAGUAAAUGAUGGAUUGUGAUCAGUGUACUCAGGCUACUGUUACUCAAUGAGGACCCCUCCUCCCCAAUGAAUAUCACAAUAACAGAAAAACGUUUAACUUGCUUGGUACUUGCUGAUUUUUAUUAUGUAAAAAUCAUUAUUUGAGACUUUUUUUGUCUUGACUCUUAUUCUUUCAUACUGGAGGUGGGCAGGUGUGGACAAAGCUCAGACUCCAGGUAGGGCCACCUUUGAUGUAAGACUUUUUUAAACCUAAUAUUUUUAUUAGAAGCACAUGUUCCCCAGCUUCUUAAAAGUGGCUGCUGGUUAGAUGUCGGCUGUCCACCAAAUCCCUCUAGCCCUCGUUCACAUUGAAUGUAGCUUUGAAAUCGUGCAACUCCAUGACACACAUGUCGGUGUGACUUGAAGUUCGACUUUGAAGACAUCUGCGUGGCUUCAUGCACAGAUGUCUAUGUAAGUCGCACCCGAGAUUGCCAGAAGUAGUUCCGAAACAAUUUUUUUAAAUCGAUGCGGCACCACAAAUUUUGGCGUCACACCAGUUUUAACAGUGCCAUUGCCGACAAUAGGGUGCAACUUUUUAUCCAGUUUGACCUGUCAAAUCGCAUGACAAGUCUCUCCAGCUUGAAUGAGGGCCUAUAUAACAAAUGUGAUUGGUACAGCAGUAUCGGAAUUAUCCUCCCUUUUCAAAGUUGAUGAUUCUGUUACUUUGCAGAGUGAAUGGGCAGAUUAGUUAAAAAAUAAGAAAUUCACUACAUUGCAUAUGUAACUUGUUCUAUCUGCCAAAAUAUUUGUGAUUUACACAUAUUGUAGUAGAAUGAAAAUAUAUAUAAUCUAUCAUUCAUAUAUCCAUCUCUAGGAAGGUGAUUCAAACCUGCAACACCUCCCCAUCUACAGUUGUCUUAUUAGACUAUGAAUCACAUCUCCUCACUGGUGAGGAAGUCCCUUUUAUGUCCCCUUGCUGUAAGCUGCCUAAACACCUUCCCUCCAGCCCCCAGUGCCUGAAAUGUGUUAUGAUGACUGCAUAGCACUGUGCAAUAGCGCCAAAUUGGUUCUGUCUGGUUGAGGUAGGUUUAUCGGAUGCUAAUAUAAAGAUUUUUUUUUUUUUUUAGUUAUGCUAGCAAUAUUUAAAAAUACAAGAUUUUUUUUUUUUUGUAUUUCUUAACCAAACCUAAAGGGUAAUGAUUAUAUGCCAUUCAAUAAGGGACACAGGAUAUUGCUGUAUACAGGGGAGUUGGACACCGAAACUAAAAAAAUAUAUAUAUAUAUCAGGAAAGAUCUACUCCCAGUAUGCCAUGUUUUUUAGCUAGUGUCCUGGGAGAAUAGAUAUCUUUUCUUUUUUCUACUAGCAAUCUCCUUGCGAAGCCAAGUGCUGCUGCAUGCAGUUUUCUGGAUCUUCUGACCUCGCUAAGAAGAAGUCAUGGGUCCAGCCUGUAUUGUGACCCUUUUGUUGCUGCACUUGUCUUAUGGAGCUGCUUGGGUCACCUUGUGCCACUGUCAGAGGCAGCUGAAAACCCCUGUACAGGUUUGUAGGAGAGAAACAUUCGAUGUGGAUCUUCUGGUGUCCAGGUUCAAUGUGAAACCGAGUCAGUUUGUCUCCAGAUGAAAAGAUCCUCCUGGAAGUAAAGGCUUUGGGUGCUCCAUGAGAUCAGCUUAAUCUGAUUUACACCUUCCCUAUUCGUCUGCUCUACAGAGUCGAGAUGGAGGACAUUCCUGUAAUUCUAGUUGCACCAAAUUAGCCCAGACGGAACUUGGUACGCAGACCUCAGCAGAUUCAUUGCGGGCUCUCCCAGAUUGCAGGGACAUUUUGUCCCAAGGACUGAUUUUUUUUUUUCCAUCCUGCUUUAUGGUUGCUAGCUUUGAUGGCUGACCUAGUUCAAAGCACUGUAUUCUGUUUCAGUGUUUUAAAAUAAUUUUAAAAAGUACCGCAGCAUUCACUUUUUUUUUUAUCGGAAUGCGUGUUAAUGCACCAGAACGUUGCGGUGGUGAGCACUAUUGAUUAUACCUGUAAGAGCAGAUAUCCUUCGCACUCUGAUUCUCUGCACUAAUGCAACACUAAACAAUAGAGACGCCCAAGGAAGAAGCAGGAAGUGACCUCAAAUGAAAUUCUAGCAUAUUUAUUUAAAAAUAACGACUUUUUGGGCUAAAAAAAAAGGAAGCGGGGAAAAAAUGCACUUAAACGCAUUACCAACGCAUUUAGAAUGCACAGGAUUGUGGUGUGAGCUAGCCCUUAGUCAGUCCGAUGCUUUCUUCCUUCAUCCCUAAGGGACUUUAAAGGGGAUUACAUGCUUCUCUUUCCACCAUCUCUAGGGGUGCAUGGACAGAUUACCAUUCAAGUUUAAGGAUUAGGGUUCCCCCUUACCCGUUUGGGUGCACUAUACUAGAUCAGUAAGCACCUCUUGGGCUUUUCAGCUGUAAAGGAUAAGUUUACCUUUUCAGAGCAUGUUACAUCUUACCCCCAUAAUUCAGGGGUAACCUGCUCCAUACCUAGAAGAGUGCAGCUGUAUGGGGCUCUGCCCACACCGCUGUUUUAUUCAUUCACAAUGAUCUGUGAUUAAGAGAGCUACAAGUACCCCAUCAGCCAUUGCGACUGACGGCUUGUAGUUCUCAAUGGACUGCGAUGAGCACUUUCGUAGUCCAGUCACCAGUGCAGGGCUUGUAUGCAGGAUCCUGACAUUGCACCAUUGGUGCAAUUUGUAGGCUCCUGAGGAAAAAAAUGAUAAAGGCACAUGUUGUGCCUGCAAAAGGUGAACUUGGCAUCUGUUUUCCAGAUUUGCCAGGCUGUCGCCUGCUUCUUUGUUUGCCCAUACACUGUUUUAACAAGUGGAUGUUCAGGCCUCAGCUGAUGCCCAUUUCAGAUGUAAGGUCCAUCAGGCAGCUCUUUGAUUUCUUUGAAACCUCCUACCUCUUCUGUUUCAUUGUUUUGUGGGCUUGUUGACAUGUAGUCUGCUGUGUUGCCCACCCGUCAGUUGGGACUGUAUUUGCAUGUCCCACUUGUCUCUGAAUAUCCUUUGUCCCUUAAUGAAUGGUUAAGACAAUUUGGAUUUUGACUUGCCUGUAAAAUCCCUUUUUUUGGAGUUAAGGGACACAGGUCCCUCUCCUCUGUUCUAUGGUCCACGGUUCUAUAAAUUUUGCCAUAAAACUGAGGCAUGGUGGAAAUAGAAGGGGUUAUUUUGCACGACAGACCCCCCCCCCCCUUUUUUUUUGUGUCGUUGACCAAUUCUACUGGUUAUCCUGUGUCCCAUUGAACUCCACUAAAAGGUAUUUGAAGGAGAGUCAAAAAUCCUGCUUCCCCCCCCCCCCCCCAGUGUAAAGAAUUUUUUCUUAUCCUUGGCAGUUUUUUGUCUUUUCUUGAGUAUGAACAAACACGGCACUUUGGUGUUUUUGUCCCGAUGUUCCUGCAUGUGUGGAAGUGAUGUGCAAUUUGUAGCAGGGCAGCAAACCUAACUCUGCUGUGCGCAAGGCGCAAGACUUGUUUACAGGUAGAUGUCUGAGCUCCAGCAAGCUAAAGGGAAUCUGUCAUAAGGAAAUAUGGUUCUAGCCUUGCUUCACUGGAAGAUAGACAGUACUAGGAAAUGCCAGAACAUGUCUGUGCCUUUUUGUGUGAUUCCUUUACUGGCCACCUUCAAAAUCAAGUAGACAAAUCAGAGCAUAGGUGAAACCACACAAAAAAUCUUCAUGCCUCACUGCUAUGUUGGUGCCCCAGUAGACAAAUCAUGACUUUUGGCCUAGCCAGAAAGUACCGGUGUAACCUUCCCUUCACUCUCCCUUUCUUUAUUGCCAUUCCAGUGCCUGCCAACAGAUGGGUGGGGGCACACCCAUUGCUUUGUGGGAUGUGAGGACUUUUUCUGUACUCCUGAAAAGUCAAACUUUGCUUACUGUGCUCUCACUGGGUCUAGGGAGCUUUGGAAAGGAAUUAAAACAAAAUCUAGGUGUACGCAGCACGUUGUAGUGUCUCUCAUCGUCCAAUUAUGUCAGUUUAUAUUGGAUUUCCUAAUGACGCAUUCCCUCUAAUAGACCCGGCACAGGUUCUGCACCUCCCUCUACAUACAAUCUGAGUCACUCUGCACAUCAAAUUCUUGCUAAGAUGCUGAUAUGUGUUUUAGCUUGUAGCUGUUUGCACGCAGCACCUUGAACUAUAACAGUGAGGUGCUAGGACCUAGUAUUGGGGAGCCUCUAUCCUGUCUCGUCAAACCUCCUUCCCCUUCUUUAACUCUCGCUGAACUAAUAACACUUAAACGGUUCCUAUGGCACUAGCCGAUGCCUCUGAACUCAUUUUAGACACGGAGCAUGUACAUUAAUUUGUUGGCAAAAAAUAGCUUUCUUUUGUUUAAAUGUAUACAAUGUUUAAAAAAAAAUACACAUUUUAUAUACUUGUAUCUGGCUUUUAACAUUUUUAUAGUACCCCAUUGUUCUUGGUGGCAACAAUAUCUAUUUUUGUGCCCAUUUUUGGAAAACAAGUGCCGUUUUGGAAACGUUACGAUUAUUUCUACAGUUCUUGUAAUCCGUGUGAGAGUCACAGUUGCUAAUUUUGUUGUCCUUUAUUUUCUGAUCUGUUUUUUGAGCCUGUAGCUGUAAGCUUUUGAUGUUUCUCAAAUGUCUGAGAGGGGUAGAGCCAAACUUCACAUCUUGUGAUGGAGAUCGAGAGAAUUCUGGAGAAUGACAAUUAAAACCUUAGAAUUUG